CGAACUGCUGCUGCUGCUGCCGCAGCCGCUGCUGGUUCAUUCCUAUUCGGUGGGCGUUCCUCCGGGAACGGAUCGCUUUUGCCUCCUACCAAUCCUUUGAGUGGAAUUCUUGGUGGAGCCGCUGGUGCUGGUGUGGGUGAUUUUCCGGGAUUUCCGGGUUCCUUCCCUCCUAUUCCGGGCGCAGCAGAGCCGGAAAAUAUGGCUUUAAAUGCCGGACCACUCACGGCCCCCCAUGGCUCACAGCCCAGUCGGAGCGCUUCAACUGGCAGUGGAGGUGGAUCUGGCAGUCGCAGUAUUAGCGCGGGGCAAACUGGUUUAUCUCAUGGUACUCAAGGUUCUUUUAACCCCAAUGUGACUGGAUCAGCAGGCACAUCACAGCCAGAAGAAAAGCGUCGUAAAUUCAAUGAUCAGAGACCUCACUAUGGUCUAGCUUGGCUGCCUGGAGUUGUGGCUGCUCAUCCUCGUAAAGUGCUCCCUUACGACCGAGAUUCUCAAAUAGCCUCUACCGAGUAA